UGUGUUAGACUUUGAUUUUGAGAAGCUCUGUUCAGUAUCCAUCUCACGCAUUAAUGUGUAUGCAUGUUUAGUGUGUGGAAAAUAUUUCCAAGGACGAGGAACAAACACUCAUGCAUACAUGCACAGUGUUCAAGCAGGUCACCAUGUAUUUCUCAAUCUUCAGACACUGCGUUUUUAUUGUAUACCAGACAACUAUGAAAUUAUUGAUUCUUCCUUGGAUGACAUAACGUAUGUGCUGAAGCCAACAUUUACUGAAGAAGAAAUAUCUGUUUUGGAUACAAAUGACAAAUUAUCUCGAGCAUAUAAUGGUACUACAUAUAUGCCAGGAAUUGUGGGAUUAAAUAAUAUAAAAGCUAAUGAUUAUUGCAAUGUAAUUUUACAGGCUUUGUCUCAUGUUCCACCCCUUCGCAAUUUCUUUCUAAGAGAAGAAAAUUAUGCGUCUAUUAAGAGACCACCUGGAGACACAAUGUUCCUUCUAGUGCAGAGGUUUGGAGAGCUGCUGCGAAAAUUAUGGAAUCCACGCAAUUUCAAAGCUCAUGUUAGUCCCCAUGAAAUGCUACAAGCAGUUGUUCUGUGCAGUAAAAAGAAAUUUCAAAUUACUGAACAAGGAGAUCCAAUUGCAUUUCUUUCCUGGUUCCUGAACAGCUUGCAUUUAGCUUUAAAUGGUACAAAGAGAAGAAACAGUAGCAUUGUUUAUUCUACAUUCCAAGGAUCUCUACGAAUUUAUACACGGACGCUUUUGCCGAUUGAUGCUACCGAAGAAGAAAAGCAGCAGUUAUUAUUAAACGAAGAUUACCAAGAAAAAGUGGAGAAUACAACUUUUCUGUACUUGACACUUGAUUUGCCACCUCCGCCUUUGUUUAAAGAUGAGCUGACUGAAAAUAUUAUUCCACAAGUACCUUUAUUUAAUAUAUUAGCUAAAUUUAAUGGAACUAAUGAAAAGGAGUACAAAACUUACAAAGAUUCUAAAAUGAAAAGAUUUGAAGUUACAAGAUUACCUCCAUAUCUGAUUUUAUUUAUUAAGAGGUUUACAAAAAAUACAUUUUUUGUAGAGAAAAACAAUACUAUUGUCAAUUUCCCGAUCAAAAAUGUUGACUUUUCUGAAAUAUUUCAACCAGAGCAACGUGAAAAGCAACCCAAGGCCAUCUAUGAUUUAAUUGCUAAUAUUGUUCAUGACGGUGAACCAGGUUCUGGUAAAGGCACAUACCGCACGCACAUAUUACACAGAGGAUCUGGAAAAUGGUAUGAAAUGCAAGAUCUCCAUGUGACAGAAAUCCUUCCUCCUAUGAUCACAUUGUCUGAGGCAUAUAUUCAGAUUUGGGAACGAAGGCCCGCAGAAGAAUCUGCUGUGAAGAAUGGAAGUUAAUGUAUUAUUUUUGUUUUUCAUUUGUAAAUAAUCACAUCACAAUAAAAUGGCAUGUUCAUAUUUCAUGUGAAGGCUCUGUACUAGUUAAUAAAAUAUUUUUGCAUGCA